AUGGGGCUCCCUGAUGUCCAGCUCUGGCUGGUGCUGCUGUGGGCACUGGUGUGGGCACAGGGGACAGGAUCUGUAUGUCCCUCCUGUCGGGAUCCCACACUGGCACCCCAAGAAGAACGAGCUGUGGUCCUGGAGCUAGCCAAGCAGCAAAUCCUGGAAGGGCUGCACCUUACCAGUCGUCCCAGAACAACUCAUCCUCCACCCCAGGCAGCACUGACCAGAGCCCUCCGGAGACUACAACAGGGGAAUGCAGCUUCAGGGAGUGGGGAGGAGGUCAUCAGCUUUGCUACCAUCACAGACUCCUCCACUUCAACCUGCAGCUCUGUGCUCACUUUCCACUUGUCCACUCCUCGGUCCCACCACCUGUACCAUGCCCGCCUUUGGCUGCACGUGCUCCCCACCCUUCCUGACACUCUCUACUUGAGGAUCUUCCAAUGGGGCCCAAGGAGAAGACACCGAGCGUCCCGUGCCCUCCUGGCUGAGCACCUAGUGUCUACCCGGGGCUGGCAUGCCUUGACUCUGCCCUCUAGUGGCCUGAGGGGUGAUGAGUCUGGUGUCCUGAAACUCCAAUUGGACUGCAGACCUCUAGAAGUCAAUAGUACAGUUGCUGGACAACCAAGGCGGCUCCUGGACACAGCAGGACACCAGCGGCCCUUCCUGGAGCUUAAGAUCCGGGCCAAAGAACCUGGAGCAGGCCGGGCCAGGAGGAGGACCCCCACUUGUGAGCCUGAGACCCCCUUAUGUUGUAGGCGAGACCAUUAUGUAGACUUCCAGGAACUGGGAUGGCGGGACUGGAUCCUGCAGCCCGAGGGGUACCAGCUGAACUACUGCAGUGGACAGUGCCCCCCCCACCUGGCUGGCAGCCCAGGCAUUGCUGCCUCCUUCCAUUCUGCUGUCUUCAGCCUCCUCAAAGCCAACAAUCCUUGGCCCGUGGGUACUUCUUGCUGUGUCCCCACUGCCCGAAGGUCUCUCUCUCUUCUCUACCUCGACCAUAAUGGCAAUGUGGUCAAGACAGAUGUGCCAGACAUGGUGGUGGAGGCCUGUGGCUGCAGUUAG